AGGAAAUUAAUUGAAAUGAGGAGCUAUUUUUAUGUUCUAUUCCCAUUGAUCUUUACCGACAUGCUGGGCAAAUGUGACAUCGAAGCCAAUGUGGAAGGUGGUGGCAGCUCGGGUCAAGCGGGUGCCAUACGCUGGGGCAUUGCCAUGUGCUUGCGUAGCUUUGUUGAUCAGGAAACGAUUGAAUCGAUGCGUCUAGCCGGUCUUUUGACACGUGAUUAUCGCAGACGUGAACGCAAGAAGUUCGGCCAGGAAGGUGCCCGCCGCAAAUACACAUGGAAGAAACGUUAAUUGUAUUACUUUUUUAAAUGUGUUUUUGUUAACAAAUAAUAAAAUUUACAUUUGGUUUAAGGGUUUCAAACCCAAUAA